AUGACCACAAACGACCCACCACCGACCGUCGGUGACGCCGCCCAUGUUACCCAGAACACUGCAUCAGUUGUAGCUGUGUCCAGUUGCAAACUCCCACAGUUCUGGUCCAUCCAGCCUCGUUUGUGGUUUGUUCAGGUUGAAGCAGUGUUACAGGUGGCCCGUAUCACAAAUGACGCAUCACGUUACAAUCAAAUCGUUAGUGCUUUGGACACUGAUUCAAUGUUACAGCUAGCGGACUUCCUGCAGAAUCCACCAGAGAUCGACAAGUACGCGAAGCUGAAGGACGAGACAUUGAAACGGUUUUCGGAAUUCAGCGACCGCCAGCUUCACCGAGCGCUUACGGAGGUUCRACUCGAUGAUAAAAAACCUAGCCAGCUCUUGCGCCAGCUCAGAAUUCUCAUGGGCGACAGGGCCUCAGAGGACUUAUUGCGUAUAAAAUGGUUGGUAUUGUUACCACAAUCAACCAACCGAUGUCUCAAACUACUCAGAGAUGUCCCUGUAGAUGAGCUUGCUGAUGUUUCUGACGAGCUAAUGGAGAACCAGACUGGCCAUUUCGUUAUGGCUACACAUCACCAGCUUGCCCAGCCAGCCCACAGGGGCGACAAAUUCGAAAAUUCUCUGCUCACCAGUAUGGCAAAGGACGUGUCAGGUCUUAAACUUGCCAUAGCCGACCUGGUGACCUGUAUCAAGGACCAAGGAAUUACUCGAGACCGUCCCCAACCUGCACCACGCCGUUUCCAGCAGGCAUCAUCGAAGGAAGAGCCAGCCUCAGACAUCAAGAAGUUCUGCUAUUAUCACCGUCUCUUUGGGUCCAGAGCCAAAAAGUGCGAGCGUCCUUGCACCUUCGACUCAUCGAACACACAUUCAUGA